AGGAAGCAGCUGCUGAUCUGAUCUCUGACAUUGUGUGAAACAGACAUCUGAAUAAACUGCGCACAGACGUGUCUUUAAACAUACCGCACCAAGGCACGCCGUGCAUGAUUUUGUUAAAGCCCUGGUGGUAAAUAGAAGACAAAGGCAACAGGAGCUUAAGGGACAGAAAAAGACAAAAAAGAGACAGAUGUUGUCAAUCUGCCAUUAUUUUAUGGCCAGAAUCUCCAUGGUCAUAUUAUAGGUCAAACCAUCUGUUGUCUUUGCUGUUGUUCUAGCAUGUAUCCAGUCCUGUACAUGUUGGUAUGUACAGAAGCCUCUGAAGGACCUCUUUGAUUUAAUGGGUCCAAUCAUUGGGAUGUCACCAGAUAAGAAAACGGAAAUUCCGGGUAUGCAAGAGGAGCGGACGGGGCUCAGAGGUGUUUGUGGUGUAGGGACACUGCCUGAGGCGGAGUGUGCAUCCAGUCCACUAGCGACCAGCGUGGAUCGUACUGGAGGUACCGAGGAUGAGGAACUCACCAACCUCAACUGGCUCCACGAGAACCUGCUGCAGAACUUCACUCUGGGGGGUCCCGAAGCUCAGCCCAGUGGCAGCCCCCUUUUCGACAUAGAGGGAGACUACGGGUCUAGCCAGGGCCCGUCAUCCUCCUCCUCAUCCUCAUCACACAGCAGAGGCAGGGAGCGGGACUCGUUGAAGUCUAAGCCCCCUUUCUCGUUUUCUCUGCUCAUCUACAUGGCCAUCGAGCAGUCUCCCAGCAAGUCUUUGCCUGUUAAAGAAAUCUAUGGCUGGAUUCUCGAGCACUUCCCUUAUUUCUCCAACGCUCCCACUGGCUGGAAGAACUCAGUUCGUCACAACUUGUCUCUGAACAAGUGCUUCCGCAAGGUCGAGAGAAGUUUGGGAAAGGCUAAUGGAAAAGGUUCUCUCUGGUGUGUUGACCCCGAGUACCGCCCCAACCUGAUCCAAGCCCUUAAAAAGCAACACUUCCCUGCCGCACAUGCCUUCUGCACACCACCCGCCUCCCCACCCAGUGCCUCCUCACCCCCUCGCCAUCUCUUUCUACAAGGCUGCUCAUUCAAAGAGUCUGACAUUGAUGCUGCCACUGCCAUGAUGCUCUUAAACUCUGCCCCCGGGCACCACGUUGACCCAUGCAAUUCUGACAGCCCACUGGACCUCUCCAGACCGGACUCCGUUCUGGUGAGCAGCGAUCCAAAGCAGGACCACAACUACAGCAGUGUAGCUCUGCAGCGCUGCUCUUCCCGUUCCUCCUCCUCGUCUCUUUCCUCCCUGGAUGAAGGUGGCUGCGAUCGCAGGCAGUCCCGCCGCGCCGGCAGCGAGGGCUUCCACAGUGACGAGGACUCCGACCUCUGGGACGAGAGGGGCGCCCAACAGACUUCUCGACGUCCACCCGCCAUCAAGUGGCCCGCCGGCAAGAGGGCACGACGUGAGGUCAAGCCAGAGUUGGAUGAGGAGCUGAAGGAAGCCGCCGGCUCCUUGCUGCACCUGGCUGGUAUACGCAGCUGCACGGAGGGCUCCAAACGUACUGUCAAGAGCACAAAACUUAACAGGAAAUGAAGAUUUUUUUUUUUCUUUUUUGCCCCCAUCAGACUCCGGACCCUGUGAACCCUAACCUCUGACCCCUGAUCGUGUGUCCCAGUGUGCCUCCUUCUCCUUAUCUGAUCGUUCAUUGGCCAUUUUGAGCCUUUUUUUUGUUUGGGAAUAUCCUUGUCCAACAAAACAAAUGGCAAUAGUAUCGUUCACACAGGAGAACAAAGCCAUAUAGAGACUUUUGUAACUCGGGGGUAACUGCUGGGGGUGGGUGUUUUUGGGCUAUGGAGAACCAUCAAGAAACCUAUCCAAAAUGACCUGCCUGCUUCUAUUGGAUUAGGAGAUUGUGAUUCAAGAAUUUUUCUCUGAUGAAAGACAAAAUGGGAAAAGCUGAAGGUUUUAUAACUCAAAGCGUUGCAUGCUUCCUCCUCAAACCUGUAUCCUCUUCCAAGUGAAUCUAUUUAUGAAGCGAAUGAGUGCAUGUUUGUAACAGACAAAAUCUAACCUCCUGGUGUUAUCAGUUUCUCCUUUUUUUUGUGCUAAAGAAAAAAAAAUGCCACUGUUUUGAAAGGAAUUCUUGCUCCAUGAAUCCUCUUGUAAGAGAGAUGCAAUAAUUAAUCCACAACCUUAACUUUUUGACUAUUAUUUCAUGGUGGCAUUUUUCAGAGUUGAGUAUGCUAGUUAAACUUUACAAUUAAGAGAAUGAAUGGAGUAGUAUUAUGAUCUUGUUAUGCGAUAAACUCAAUACACAUGAGCUCCGGCUCGAUUUCAGGAUUAGCAAGAUGUGGGAAUAGUAUUACUCUGCCACUGCCAAAUUUAGUUGCAAAGUUAGCUAUACUACUUUUCUCGGUUUUGUGCGGCCAUUACAGUGCUAUACGAAUGAAAGCUGUUCUAAUUUUUUUUUUUUUUUUUUUCAUUUUUCACUGCUCCUCCUGUCAAUCCCUUUCAUUCAUCAGUGUGUUUAUAGUUUAUCCUCCAUAGAUUUUUAUUUUUCGGGGGUUGUGUGUGUGUGUGUGUGUAUCAUAGUGCAUGUUGACUUCAACCUAAACCUGAGAUGAUGGUCACGACAAGAAAAGAGGUUGAGAUGGUCAGACUCUUUUUUCCUUCUACUGACAAAGUAGUCAUUCUACUCCUCAAUGAAUACAACUGGUGUAAUGACAGAUCUGCUGGCUACAGCUGUAACGUGGGGCUGCUUGGUACUCUCCUUGCUUCUGGUCCUUUUGAAAUGCAGAGCUGGUUGAUGGUCAGAAUCAGGAACAGACAGUGAAAUACCACAGCUUCUUGCUCCAUUAUUUGAGUUUGCAGUUUGAUUAUACCUCUGUGUGUUCUCCUUGAUUUUUAAAUUAUUAUUAUUAUUAUUAUUUUAAAUUCUUAGCUCAUUUUCUGCUGGCUGAUCCUGUGGCUGAGUUCACUAACAACUUGAGGGAAGGUGUGUCAGUUUUGGUUCAAAUAAAUGAAAGAUCCAGAGCUCAGAGCAUAUUCAAGUGCAAAAUAAGGAGAAGGGGACAAAGCAGUCAUGGCCAGAGAGAAGUGGACUUUUUAUGUGCAGUUGCUCGCAGGCGAGAUAUUGAAGACCUGUGCUGCUGCUCUCAUGUUGUGCCCUCGGUUCUGGCUGGCCAGCAGUGUUUCGUUCUUCCUCCUAGAACAAAAAUAAGGAAGUGCACGCUCUCUUCUCAAGCUGUGAAAUGGAGUGUUUAUUGUCAGUUGAUUGCAUGCAGUUCACUGAGGGGAAGUUGUGAACCACUUGUGUAAAAGGCCAAUAUUCUCAUUUGAGCUUUUAAAAAAAUAUGGCUGCACACUCGCAGCGCACAA